UUUCUCCAUUUAACGUGUUAUUACUUUAAAGACAAAAGGAAGUCAAGUUAUUGGUGAAAAAUGCCCCAAGUGCAUGCAUCUGUUUAUAAUCCGAAAGCUGUGUCUCUUCUGUGGUUAAAAUACACAAGCUUAAUGCUACAAAUGAAUGGAACCAAGUAGUCUUCCAAGAAUUUUUUUUUAUCACUCUGGAUAUUAGAUUUUCUAAUAUGAUUUGCCUGCUUGCAUGUUGGUGUUUUUUUGUGUGUGCACAUCUUGUGGGGCUUUUAUUUUUUCUAAUCGCUGUGGCUGUAUAAUUGGAGGAGAUUAUACAGUUACUGGGAAAAGCUUUGAAACCAAAGACUUUCGAGCAGCUCUAGAAAAUGGAGUCCUGUUGUGCGAUUUGAUUAACAAGAUCAAACCUGGCAUUGUUAAGAAGAUCAAUCGUCUGUCAACUCCAAUAGCUGGCUUGGAUAAUAUAAAUGUUUUUCUGAAAGCUUGCGAAAAUAUUGGACUGAAAGAAGCUCAGCUUUUUCAUCCAGGAGAUCUUCAGGAUUUGUCUAAUCGAGUUACAGUCAAACCAGAGGAGACCAACAGAAGAGUGAAAAAUGUUUUGAUUACAUUAUACUGGCUUGGGAGAAAAGCACAAAGUAACCCUCAUUAUAAUGGUCCAUACCUCAAUCUUAAAGCAUUUGAGAAGUUAUUAGGGCAAGCAUUGACCAAGGCACUUGAAGAGUCUAGCCACCUGAACAGAAGUGGCAGGGAUAGUGGGUACGGUGAUAUUUGGUACGUGGACCGGGGAGAGCCCUUUCCACCUUCAGCUAGCCAUAAAAGAGACGAUUCCUUCGAUAGCUUGGACUCUCUUGGCUCAAGAUCCUCCACAAGCUUUUCAUCAGACAUAACCUUGAAAGGUGGCAGUGAAGGUUGUGAUAGUGACACAGACUCAGAAUUGCCUUUCAAAAUGCGUGACUCCCAUAAAGAUGACAGGUCGUACCGAAGGAUUUCUGUGAUUGAACCAAAACCUACUACUGACUUCAAUCGCUUCUUACCCAACAAAAACAAGCAGCCAACGUAUAUGCCAGCGCCCUUAAGGAAGAAAAGGACAGAGAAGAAUGAGGACAAUAGGAGGAGCUGGGCAAGUCCUGUCUACACAGAGUCAGAUGGAACAUUUUCAAGUGGACAUGAAAGGAAUCCCGUAGCUUCCUGCCAAAAUAGCAGAGCAGAGUGUGGGCUCACAAAUCCAGCUUCCCUCCAGAUGAUCUAUGAGUAUGACAGUGGCUCUGAUUCAGAAGAUGAAAGAAGGCUGCCCGACGUGGUUAUGGAUGACUUAGCAAAACGUAGAUUUCUAGUCAAAAAGAGCCCUGUAAGCUCUGCUGCACCUGGACAUCAUUUCAUGUUGCGCAAUGACUCUUCUAAAUCUUGCUCACAAGAAAAUGAUCCAGCUGGUCCACUAGCUGCAAUGCUUGAACCACUGAGUAACCAGAGGAGGCAGAGGCAGUUGGAUACUAAAGUGGAAAACAAACCAAGAGUUAACAUUUCUUCAGAAUUAUCUGGGUAUUUUGAUGAGGACGAGGAAGAAGAAAUAGGCAUCCCAAACAUUGAAAAAGAUGAUCUCUAUUUUCGCAAGCUAAAUUCUUCAGCGUCAAAUACAGUGGUUGCUUUUGACAAAUUUCUUCCUAAGUUUUGGACUCCAGAAGAAGAAUUACUAUGGAAAAAAAUCAGGAAAUCCUCUUUCAAACCCUGGUAUAAAGAGAUUCAAGGGUUCAGUAGAAAGAAAUCAGAUUCUGAGGAUGAGGGAUAUGCUUAUAAACAAAGCUCUGCAAUUGUUGCUAAUCAACCAAGACCAAGUUUCGAAUGGACCAGCAGUUGCAGAAGGGAUCAAAGCUAUAAGCCAACUGCUGAGUAUGUGGGAAGCUCGUUGACACAGAUUACAGAAGGAAAAAUCUUGGAGGCUUCUGACCAGCCCAGUCAGUUUUCGUUACUUCAGGCCCUGCAAAAAUACUCUGACUACUUGUCUUCUGAAACGAAGACCAAAAUUGAUCCUACUUCUGGCCCUAGGCUCAUAAAAUGUAGAAAGAAUAUUUCCUUUAUACCAGGAUGUGACCAAGGAGACAAUGAAAAUCUAUAUCUGUAUCCAGAUUUAGAAAAUGAUGACUUGUUUGUUCGCAAAACUGGGGCUUUCCAUAUGAAUCAAGUUGUUCUCCAAGACCCCCAGUAUUUUAAAAAAUUCUCUGAGCAAGAGCCUCUUAUAGAGGGUGAAAUAAUUCUGCAGCCUAGAGAAGGCCAAACUGUUAUUCCAGACUUGGAAAAGGAUGACAUGAUUUUUCGUAAAAUCCUCUCUCAGAAAAAAGAGGUGCCUUUAUCAGGUGCUCCAGACAAGUACCACCCUGCGCUCUUUCCUGAUCCUUGGAGUCUUCCUGAGGAAAUACGGUCCAAAUUUCUAUGUUUACUUGAAAAGAGUGCAACACCAGAGGACAGAAAGAGCAAUGGUAGAGUGUUGUCACCAUCUUCCCGACAUAAGAAGGACGACAUGCUGACACGCAAGAUUGAAUCUUGGAAAGUGGGAAGCAACGCACAGCCAGUAAAUUUUAUCCCAGGUCCAUGCAGUGAAGAAGACUGGAAGAAGUGGGAAGCAAUCAGAGAGGCCAGCAAAGUUAGACACAAGAAGCGUCAGAUGGUGGAGAGACUGUUUCAAAAGCUUUCUGAUGAGCAAGGGAGUAAAUCUUUGAAUGAUGUCAGUGCAGAGGAGCUGCAGUCGUUGCGCAAAAUCCGUUACGAAGAACUGCAAAGGAUAAAAGAACAGCUGCAAGAACAAGAUCUGAAGUGGCAAGAAGAUCUAGCAAAAUGGAAGAAUCGUAGAAAGAGCUUCACUUCAGAAUUGCAAAAGAAAAAGGAAGAAAGAGAAGAAAUAGAAAGGAGAGCCUCUGAGGUUUCUGAUAGGAGCAGCAAGUCACUGAAAGAAAUGCAGCAGGAAAGGGAGGAUAGAGAUCAAGACUCCUACAGGCAGAGAAAAUAUGAACACAGAUGGACAUAUUCACUGAACGAUGAUGUGUUUACUGAAGAAAAAGAACCUUCUACACGGUCAGUGGUGAAAGAUUACCUUUUGGAAGAAGAAACCUCCUACAGCACUAAAGACAGCAAAAGCCUGUCUGCUGCUCAAAGGAGCAAGGAUCGUCUGCCAAAGCAGGAGAGUUCUGCCACACGUGAAGCUCCUGCUCCCUCAAAGAGCCUGGCAGAAGAGCGGAGCUCAUCUCUUUUGUCUACGCUCUACUCAGUGAAUGCUCAAACUGGGUCAGCUCAGGUUUCAGCUUCUCUCCCUAGAAGUUACCAGAAAACCGAUACCUCCAGGUUAACAUCUGUGGUUACACCAAGACCUUUUGGUGUCCACUCAAGAGGAAUCUCCUCACUUCCACGGUCGCUCACGAUGGAUGAUACCCAGAAAUACAAUGGAGAAGUGGAAAAAGCUAAAAGAACUCAAACUUUGUUAACUAGCAGUUCAUUUUCACUACCAGACUCUUCAUACUCUCUCUCUACCAGUGUACUUGGAAGCAGAGGUGAGGAGGAGGAGGAAAAAGGUGUUAAGACAACACCUACUUGUAGUUUGACAUUACCUGUAAAACCCCAAGACCAAGAUGCCAGAAGCAGUAUUCUUAAACCAGAAUAUUGUUCUCCUCCUGAUUCUGUUUCACUUGCAUCUUCUGCAGAAAAUGUGAGUCUGCCAGAGCAUGAGGAUUCAAAAUCCCUGGAACAGUACAGUGAAUUGAGAAUCAAUAUAAACCAGAGACCUGGCCACAGUCGCAACUUCGGGUUUACAACAAAUUGGACUUCAUCAGGGGCCUUUGUACAAACAGUUGAAGAAGGUAGCCCUGCAGAACUUUGUCAGCUGCAUGUAGGUGAUGAGAUCAUUGCUAUCAACGGCACAAAGGUUUCACAUAUGGACUAUAGUCAGUGGGAAGAAGCCAUCAACAGAGCACUAGAAACUGGAAACCUGGUCAUGGAUGUUAGACGAUAUGGAAAGAAUGACUGGGGCAAAGACCAGCCUUCCCUGCCACAUGUAAGGCAUAAAAUCCUCAAUCUCACCAGUAUGGGUACCAACAUUAUAGGUGCAUCUGAAAAUAAAUGGAUUGAUGCAACCUCCGGAGAACGUGUUUCGAACGUUUCUACCAUAUCAUCAAAAAGAGAAUUCUCCAGCAGCUUUCAAAGUUCUGGUACAGAAACAAAGUUGAUAAAUGGAAUGCAAGGAGACCUUGGAUCUAAUGAACAAAGAGCAUCUGAACCAAUUUCUUUGAAAAACUUAAAAAGACGGUCACAAUUUUUUGAACAAGGAGGCCCGGAGCCUGCACUGCCUGAUCUCCCAGUCCCAUCCAUUAGUGCUUCAAGUCGUCGGGUUUGGGAUCAAGAGGAAGAACGAAAACGACAGGAAAAAUGGCAAAAGGAGCAGGAUCGUUUACUGCAGGAGAAAUACAAACGAGAACAAGAAAAACUGAGGGAAGAAUGGCUGCGAGAUAAGCAAGAAGCCGAAAGAGAGAACUCCAAAUAUUUGGAUGAGGAGCAGACCGUUCUAACCUUAAACACGCUCUCUGUCUCUGCACGGGCUCCAUCUGUGUCCAGCUGGGGGGCAAGCCCUGAAGCAAGUACUCCUGAGGAGCCAGAAGGAGAUGUAGGAAACGAGCUGGCAGCACACUUGCUGGGCAAGGAAGAAGAGAGGAGACAUCAGAAGGAAUGGAGUGUCCAGGAAGAAGCAGCACUGCGUUUUGAGCAAGAAAGGGAACUUGAAGAACUAGAGCUUGAAAGACAACGUAAAGAGAGGGAACAGCAGUAUGUGGAGGAGCAGAGGCGGCGGGCGGAGAUGGAGGAGCAGAGGCGGCGGGCAGAAAGGCCGAAGGAAGCGUCGGUGGAGACAUCUCAGUACCAAAGACAUUAUGAGCAUUAUGAAGGAUCUAAAACAAUAGAGGACCGACCUGGCCAUCCUCUCAUUGAGAGGCAUUAUGAACGUUAUGAAACUUCCAAAACCAUUGAGGAGCAUCCUGGUCAGUCAUUGUCUGACAGGAAUAAAUCCAAGUCAACUUCAGAAUUGAAUGAAUUCACUGCAAACAGAAAUGGUACUCAGGGCAAGCAUUUGGAGAGGUCUUGGAACACGGGUGACCUGCAGAAGGGAUCUCAGAAGGAGCACAACCUGUCUGCGGCAGAGUUAGAGAGACAACAAAUCCUUCAGGAAAUGAGGAAGAGAACAUCUCUACACACGGACAGCAGUUGGAUUAGGCAGCGCAGUGCCAGUGUACAUAAGGAGCCUAUUAGUCUGUACGGCAAUAGUAUGAGGAGAGGGGAGUCUCUGGACAACCUUGAUUCUCCAAGAACAAGUUCAUGGAGACACCAUUCGUGGUUAAACCAGUCUGCCUCCACUUCAUCUCUGUCCUCUAGUCAAGAUCUCAGUCGCCCAGUGUCCACUUCAAACCGAGCCUACAUGUGCACUCCUUCCUCUGCCAAAGCACCUCCUGUGGCCUCCUCUGUGAGGGCCCCGUCUGUGUCCCAGCCAGCCCCCCGGGUUCAGUCUCCCAUCUCUGUUUCCCAGACAGGGUCGCAGACACGCAGCAGGUCAGUCAGUGGGAAGAAAAUCUGUUCAUACUGUAAUAACGUUCUGGGCAAAGGAGCAGCCAUGAUCAUUGAGUCUCUUGGUCUUUGUUAUCAUUUACAUUGCUUUAAGUGUGUUGCCUGUGGAUGUGACCUUGGGGGAUCCCGCUCUGGAGCUGAAGUCAGGAUCCGAAACAACAAACUCUUCUGCAACGACUGCUAUAUCAGAUUUAAAACUGGACAACCAACCUCCAUGUGAAGCAAACCUAGAUACAAAACCACAGUUGCAGAUAAAAGAAGAGGUGAUUGCUGCUGAUGUAGAUCUAUAAAUAUAUAUAUUGUGUGUAUGUGUGUUUUUUCUAAGAGUAACUCUUUUGCUUGUCUAGUCUUCAUAGCAAUGCAUUAUAUUCCUCAUACAACUGUAUUUUUAUUUAUGAUAAAGUAAUUGCAGUAAGGAAAUAUCUGGGGAAGAUGCUUUUACUUUUACAGCUUCAAGUACUGAGAGCACAAGGGAGAAUAAGUAUAUUUUCAAUAAUAACUUCAAAAUAUUUUUGAGGCUUAUAAUCAACUAGUUGACUUUCCAAUGGUAUAUGAAGAGGGUUUUUUGUUUCUAAGCUCUCAAAAUGAGCAUUAGAGAAAUAGUUAAUAUAAAUAUAUAUUUGCAAUUGCUGUCUUUAUUUUUGACAUAUACUGAGAGUGAAUUCUCUAGGUUAAUACGAAGCUGCGUUUAAAUGCACACAAAUAUGUUCGCUUUCCAUAUGCUGGUUUCUAAAAUUGUGCUUUUUGAAACUUCAAUACAAAGAAUAAUCUGUUUGCUCAGCGGUGAUGGCAUAAUAUUCUGUGGAAUCCAUUUAAUGGAAAGAGUUCUCUUUUCCUAUUUGAAAAAUGUAACUAUCUUUUUUUCCUGCACAAACUAGAUGGAGAAUGGUUAUUGAAUUACAGUAUAUUUGUAAAUAAAAUUUCUGAUGUUGCAUUUA